ACAGUCACGCCGCCAUCUCUACCUCACGGCAUUCAAAAAGUCGCCGUGCCGCAUUGUCAAAAUUAGCGUAUAAAAGGGGGCGUGGUAGAUUGAUUGUGUGUAUGUGGCCCCACCAGCGAACUUUAUCAAUCUAAAGCAGCACAACCUAACCAGUCGAUCGUUAAUUGUCGCUCACAACGGCAGCUCAGUGUGCUUUGUUGCCGGGCUGUGACAUCACUGUCAGGAAGCGAGUGCUCCCUUUUCUCCGCUCCCGUUCGGCUUCCUUCUAAAUUCUACUUGAAAAUAAACAGAUUUUCCGCACAGCGAUCUUUUGGUCAAAAACACUGAGCCACCACCAUGUGUCAACCCACGGGGCAGAUGGUCUGCGAGAUCAAGAACAUGGCGCUAUCGGGCGAUCCGGAGCUGGACGGCCAGAUCCGUAAGUGGAUUCGUUGGGACAAAUGCGCCAGUACCGCUUGCCAAAUCAUGGACGCCGUUCGGGCGCAGGAUUGGGAUACGCUACGCAAAAGGUUGUGCAACCGCAUCAGUUUCGGCACGGCUGGAUUGCGGGCCUGCAUGCGAGCUGGCUUUGACUCUAUGAACGAGCUAGUAGUCAUCCAGACGGCACAGGGCUUAUGCGAGUACAUAAAAGAGCAGUUCCCGGAUCCGGAGGACUGGUCCAAGCGUGGCAUCGUUUUCGGGUAUGACGGUCGAUACAACAGCCACCGCUUUGCCGAGCUUUCUGCUAUUGUCUUCUUGAACAACGAUUUUAAGGUGUGGAAGUACACACGCUAUAUAGCCACACCCAUGGUUCCAUACGCAAUCUUGAGGUUGCAGUGCCUGGCCGGAGUCAUGGUGACUGCCUCACACAAUCCUAAGGAGGAUAAUGGUUACAAGGUGUACUGGAGCAACGGGGCCCAAAUCAUCCCGCCCCACGAUGAGGGAAUCCAGGAGGCAAUCCUGAAUAACCUAGAGCCCAAAGAAUCUUCCUGGGACGAUUCAGCUAUGUGUUCAAACCCCUUGCUAGAGGAUCCGUACGAUAUAGUUGUGCCGCCAUAUUUCGAUUUCCUUAAGAAAGAUUUGCCUUGCACACUGCUGGAGGUAAACGGAAGGUGCCCGAUCUCCUUCACCUACACCGCCAUGCAUGGCGUGGGUUAUGAGUUUGUAAAGCAGGCUUUCGCCCGAGUGAAUCUAAAGCCAUUUAUUUCGGUGUGCGAGCAGCAAGAGCCGGAUCCGGAGUUUCCCACCACCCCCAUGCCAAAUCCGGAGGAGGGAAAAACUUCGCUGGAUUUAUCCAUCAAAACGGCGAAGGCCAACGGCAGCCAAAUUAUUCUCGCCAACGACCCGGAUGCAGAUCGUCUAGCAGUAGCCGAAGUGCGUGACGAUGGUAGUUACAAGUUGUUUAGCGGCAACGAGGUAGGCGCCCUCCUAGGCUGGUGGGCUCUGGAGUUGCACAAGAUGCGCGAACCCGACUGCGACGUAAGCAAUUGUGUAAUGAUAGCCAGUACGGUGAGUUCGAAGAUUCUAAGAGCUAUGGCCGACCGGGAUGGUUUCCAAUUCUUUGAAACGCUGACAGGAUUUAAGUGGAUGGGUAACAAGGCCAUUGAGCAGCAGCAGGCGGGCAAGACGGUGUUGUUUGCCUUUGAAGAAGCUAUUGGAUUCAUGGUAGGCACUGCUGUGCUGGACAAGGAUGGUGUCAGUGCCGCUGCCCACGUGGCCACCAUGGCCACCUACCUACGCUGCAAAAAGUGCAUGACGCUGCAGGAGAAGCUUCGCGACAUCUACGAGACGUAUGGGUUCCAUACGACCAUAUCUUCUUAUGUCAUCUGCCGCUGCCCGCCGGUAAUUGUGCAGAUCUUCGAGCGUCUGCGCACGUGGGAUGAGGGUAAGGCGGACACCUAUCCGACCAGCAUCAUGAACGGCGAGUUCGAAAUUGAAAACGUUCGAGAUCUUACGACUGGCUAUGACAGCAGCACCGGCGACAAGAAAGCCACACUACCGACCAGUUCCUCAUCCCAAAUGAUAACAUUCACCUUUAAGAACGGCCUAGUGGUAACACUACGAACAAGCGGCACGGAGCCUAAGAUGAAGUACUACGCCGAGAUGUGUGGCAAGCCGGACGAGAAGAAUUGGGCCAAACUGACUAACACAAUGAAGAUUAUGGUGGACGCCCUUGUCGAGGAAUUCUACGAGCCAACUAAGAACGGGCUGCAGCGCAAGAAAGACUAAUCUGAGAGGCCUCUUUUGAGAAAACAAUGGGAAAUGGACGAAAUAUCUGUCAUAUUUACCUGGCUAAAAUUAUUAAGAUCUAUAAUAACAGCACUGACGCACAAGCCAAAAAGCAACAGUUGUGCAAGCUGUUGACUAUUAGUCUUAAAAGUAUAUCUGAUAUGUUAGUACUCGAUUUACAUUAGGCGAAUAUUUAUGAAACCGUGUAAAUAAAAGCGAACGCUAUUAUCCACCAGGCACCACCAGAA